CGCCCCUCCCCCAGGUUCCUGCAGACCCGGUGGCGGUGGCUCCGGGAGGCUCUAGGAGCUGUGACGCCCGGGGUGAGUCGGCGCCCGGGAAAGGCGGGGAGCUGGGCCCGGGCAGGGGCGGCGGAUGCGGGACCAGCGCAGGAUCCGAGGCCCAGCCCUACGGUGAGGCCCCUCCGUACCGCGUCCCAUUCCAGCCCCACCCUAGUGAUGUCCUCUCCGGUGGAUGCCCUGGGUCAGGCCAGUUCCCCCGGCUGCAACAUGGCCCUCAGCACCUGCUGCUCCUUCUCAGCCUGGCAGAGGAGGCUGCCCUUCCUGGCGUGGCUGCCUGCGUACUCACUGCAGUGGCUGAAGAUGGACUGCAUUGCGGGCCUCUCGGUUGGCCUCACCGUCAUUCCCCAGGCGCUAGCCUAUGCAGAAGUGGCUGGGCUGCCUCCCCAGUACGGCCUCUACUCUGCCUUCAUGGGAUGCUUUGUGUAUUUCUUCCUGGGCACCUCCCGGGACUUGACUCUGGGCCCCACGGCCAUCAUGUCCCUCCUGGUGUCCUUCUACACCUUCCACGAGCCUGCCUAUGCUGUGCUGCUGGCCUUCCUGUCAGGCUGCAUCCAGCUAGCCAUGGGGUUCCUGCGUUUGGGGCUCCUGCUGGACUUCAUCUCCUGUCCUGUCAUUAAGGGCUUCACCUCUGCUGCUGCCAUCACCAUCGGCUUCGGACAGAUCAAGAACCUGCUAGGCCUGCAGAACAUCCCCAGGCAGUUCUUCCUGCAAGUGUAUCACACCUUCCUCAACAUCGGGGAGACCAGGCUGGGGGACGCCGUGCUGGGGCUGGUCUGCAUGGUGCUGCUGCUCGCGCUGAAGCUGAUGCGGGACCACAUGCCCCCUGCCCACCCUGAGAUGCCCCCUGGCGUGCAGCUCAGCCGUGGGCUGGUGUGGACUUCCACCACGGCUCGAAAUGCCCUGGUGGUCUCCUCUGCAGCCCUGGUUGCGUACUCGUUCGAGGUGACUGGAUACCAGCCCUUCCUUCUGACUGGGGAGAUAGCCAGGGGGCUUCCUCCCCUGCAAGCCCCUCCCUUCUCAGUGACCACGGCCAACGGGACUGUCAGCUUCACCGAGAUGGUGCAGGACAUGGGAGCAGGGCUGGCUGUGGUGCCCCUGAUGGGGCUGCUGGAGAGCAUAUCCGUGGCCAAAGCCUUUGCAUCUCAAAACAGUUACCGUGUGGAUGCCAACCAGGAGCUGCUGGCCAUCGGCCUCACCAACACGCUGGGCUCCCUCCUCUCGUCGUACCCGGUGACCGGCAGCUUUGGGCGGACAGCUGUGAAUGCCCAGUCUGGGGUGUGCACCCCUGCAGGGGGCCUGGUGACCGGUGCACUGGUGCUGCUGUCCCUGGAUUACCUGACUUCGCUCUUCUACUACAUUCCCAAGGCCGCACUGGCUGCUGUCAUCAUCAUGGCUGUGGCCCCACUGUUUGACACCAAGAUCUUUGGGAUGCUGUGGCAGGUUAAGAGACUGGACCUGCUGCCCCUCUGCGCGACCUUCCUGCUGUGCUUCUGGGAGGUCCAGUAUGGCAUCCUGGCAGGGACACUGGUAUCCGUUCUGCUCCUCCUGCACUCCGUGGCCAGGCCCAAGAUCCAGGUGUCAGAGGGGCCAGUCCUUGUCCUGCAGCCGACCAGUGGCCUGCACUUCCCUGCCACUGAGGCCCUGCGGGACUCCGUACUGAGUCAGGCCCUGGGAGGAGCGUCCUCUCCGCGCUCUGCAGUCCUCGAGUGCUCCCACAUCUGCAGCAUCGACUACACUGUGGUGCUGGGCCUGGGCGAGCUCCUUGAGGACCUCCGCAAGCAGGGGAUCUCCCUGGCGUUCGUGGGCCUGCAGGUGCCUGUGCUCCGUGCCCUGCUGGCUGCUGAUCUGAAGGGGUUCCAGUACUUUUCCACCCUAGAGGAGGCAGAGAAAUACCUGAGGCAAGAGCCAGGCCCUGAGCCCUACAACAUCUGUGAAGAUUGUGUCCCAGAACACAAGGUGGCCUUGCUGAAGGCCUAGCUGGGCCACACUGGUGGGCAACUGGCAUUGUCUCCCAGACGGUGCCUGUCUGUGCAUUGAGGCCAGUACUGUCUAAUACACUGGCUGCACAGGUGACGCCUGGAAGGACUCUGAUGUCCUUUGGGAUGCUUGCAGGCACCUCCCUGCUGCCCCCAGGUGUGAACCUUGUUGGGAGUGGUUGGAGAGAGCCUGUCACAGUGCAGGCCAGCCGUGACAAGGGAGAGCCAUGGGCUGUGACCCCUGCAGGCAGCAUGGGGUGGGGACCUCAGAGAUGCGUCUGUCUCUGUGCAGUGGCUGCGCUGUGGCUGGAGAGAAGACCAAGGCGUGCCAAAUAUCUUCAUCUGUUUUAAAACAAUUCCCUGUUUUUAAAUUUAAAAUAAUAACUUUGGUGUUUUGUAAAAAUAAUAAAUGCUUAUGGUAAAAAUUAUAAGAAACCAUCCCCAGUCCACUUUGAUCACCCCAGGCCCCGUCCACUCGAAGUACCUGUCUGUCCUGAACAGGUGAAUGUCCAGGGUUUACAUAGUUGGAAUCACUUCACAUAACCUGGCUCUGUAACCCAGGUUUUCAUGCAGGCAUUUGCUGUGAAUUAUUUAUUGUGAUAAUAAAUGAGAUACGUGGUUUUUAA